AUGUUUAAAUCAAAAAUGAUAGAAAAUGAAAAAACACUACAAUGUGCUUUGAAACACUAACUGCCAAUAGUUCAAGUCAUUCUUAAUCCUUAAAUAUCCAAAGAAUAGAGACUCUUGUGCAAUGAAUGUUUGGAUAGUGUAGACAUUGAAGGCAAAGCUGUUGGCUUCAAAAAAAUAAUUCAAAUGAUGGAAGAAUAAUAAAAUGAGAAAAUAAACCUAAUAGAAAGCAUCAUUAUCUAGAACAUUUAAUAGAUCGAAUUAUUUCAAAGUCUGAUCAGCCAAAUGAAAUCAAAUGUAAUCUUAUAAUUAGAAUAAUUAAAUACAAUUCUUAAAGAUUGGAUAAUAAAUCUUUAGUCUAUAGGAUUGAAAUAUUCACAAUACAGUUUUUAUGAAGAAUUAGAAAUAAUAAUCAAUAGCUGCAAUAAUAUGAGAUUCAAUCCAACUUCAUUCAUCAAAGAUAUUAAUAGAGAAUACAAUAAUUGGAAUUCUAAGGCUACUUCUAAAUUGGAAUCAUACAAUCAAUUCCCAGAAUAUAGUAAAUGCAAACAAAUUAUAUCAGAUCUUUAAAUAGACAUAUCAAAAUAUCGAUAAUUUCAGAAUCUUGAUGAUAAUUCAAUCAAUAAGAAAAUCGAAUUGCAAAACCAAAUUUAAAUAUAAUAAUCAAUUUCAUUAUAAGAAGAAGAUGUAAAAUUAAAUUUAAUAGAUUAAUCUAUUAAAUAAGUUGAUUAUUGUGUAAGUAUAGCUUUCAAUUCUUUUGGAACAAUUAUGGUAUCUACUGAGGAAAAAGUCAUUAAAGUAUGGAGUUUUAAAAAUGGAAAAAUGUAAUUAUUAUAAAGUUUGGAAUAACAUAAUGGUUGGGUUAAUUGCUUAAUUUAUAGUAGAAUAUAGGAUGCAUUUCUAUCAUGUUCAAGUGAUAAGACUAUAAGAAUAUGGAAAUUAAAAAAGGAAAAUUAAUGGAUUAGCUCAUAAAUUUAUUAAUAACAUACAGAUAAGGUAUGUUGUAUGAUUUUAAAUUAAAAUGAGGAUCAAUUAUUCUCUGGAGGUAAGGAUAAUUCAAUUAAAGUAUGGUAAUUAGAUUUAAAUAAUGACAAAAUGACUUAUUUAUAUUCAUUAAAUUAACAUAAGAAAGAAGUAUUUGCAUUAAGUUUAAACUAAUCAGAGAACUUAUUAGUAUCAUGUGGUAAUGGUGAGAAUGAAAUAAUAAUUUGGAAAAGAGGAAUAUAAAAUAAAAUGGAAUUUAAAAGCAUUGUUAAAUAAUCUAUUAAUUGUUAAGGAUGGAAAGUAAAGUUUCUGAAGGAGAAUUAAUUUAUUUGGGUCAGUAAACGUAAAGAUAUUGAUAAAAUAUUUGUAUUUGAAUUGAAAGAUAGUGUUUUUCAAGAGAAUUAGGAAAAGACGAUUCAAUUGAAUUCAAAUGAUUAAUCGGAUAUGGACUAAUUCCCAAUUAUUUAAAAUAAAUAAAGGAAUGAGAUAAUUGUCAGACAUAAAAGCUACAUUUAUAUCAUUCGAGAAAUGAUGAAUAGCAAAUUUAAAAUAGUAGAACAACUUAAAUUUAAUACGAACGAUAUUUUUGGUGCCAUUACAAAUAAUGGAUCAUUUUUAGUUUGUUGGGAUAAGGCUAAUUAGGCUUAUUCAACAUAUGAAUUAUUAUAUAAAUGA